CGUGCCACAUCAGAGCGUCUUGAGUCGUUAGGGGAGGGGAGGCUCGAGCUGGAGGUCCGGUUCGCGGGUUAGUGGGAAGUAGUUCGCUGCUACGAAGAGGGGACAGAAGGCUGGGGAGACUGUGCGGUCAAUAGAACUACCUUAGUAUUUGAGGCAAUAAAGGGGCAGACGUCGGCAUUCCUUUGCUUUGAUAGCGGCGUGUACUAAGUGUUGGACACGGCCAAAGUAGAAGCAGUUGUGAGCUCUGGUAACUAUGAGCCGUGCUAGGCGGCGCUGAAAUUGAACACGAGGGCCUCGGAAGACAACUGCAUUUUCUUCGGCUUUUUCAGUCGCCUGUCGUCGAUCUCUUUUGUUUGUUCGACGGUCCCGAGUCUUUAUUGGGACACGCUGAUGAGACCCUGAGCGCCUCACGGAGGACGUCGCCGUGCCCAAAUGAUGGGCUUCAGUGCCAACCGGCGGGGCGGCCGCCUGCCUAAUAUUUUGCUGGUCGCCCUGCUGGUUGUUAUGGCCAUUGUGCUUUUCAAUUACUGGACGGUGUCCGGUCGGCAGGCCCGUUUACAGGACGAAUUGGCUGAGGCACAGGCGCAAGUGCAGCGCGGAGAAACUGCUCGAGGUCGACUGGAAAAGCGCAACUCGGAGCUAAUGACCCAAGUGGAAGUGCAUAGGAAGGAGCUCGAGCAACGGGACAAUGACAAGGCAAACCUAGGAGAUCAACUACGGGGUCAAGAGGAUCAGGCACGACAGUGCCUUGAAAAGAAGACUAAACUGCAAAAUGAGCUGUCUGAUCAGCAGUCCAAAGUCCAGCGUUUACAAGAGCAAGUUUCUGAGUUGCAACAGGAGUUGAUAAAACAGGAAGAGCAGCUUCAUGAAUAUAAGAAGAACAGCACUUUUCUUCUGAAGAAACUAGAAUAUGAGAGCCUGCAUUGUGUCCAGCAAAUUACAGAGUUAAAGACACAACAUGAGGAGGUUUUGAAGAAAUUAACCAUGGAGCUGUCUGAGCAGAAACAGCGUAAUAAAGAUGAAGUUGCUUCCAACCCUAACAAGGCCAAGCCUUCUGUAGCAGCUAAAAUGCAAAAAGAACCUGUGCCAAACAACAAUGACAAUAAAGAUGUAGCCAAAGCUGGAGAAGAUGCAGGGAUGCCAGGAAUUGAAGAUAAUGAAGUUAGCAAGUCAGAAAUUGGAGCUUUUGCUCUGAAGAAGCCAUCUGUUACUGUGAUUAAAAAAGACACCAAUGCCAUGCCUUCCAUUGUGGAGAAAGAGCAUGUUGCAGCUCAGAAUGCUAUUUCUUCAGUUCUUCAGAAUAAGCAGCCUGUCAAUCCAGUGGAGCCUAAUAGAAUCCAUCCAGAACUGAACAAUGCAGAUCAUUUGAACCUUCAGGUUCCACAGCCAGGCAAAGACAAGAUGUUGAUGCUUGAAAAAGAGAAAAAUGGCUUAAAAGCUGAUGAAUUUGGGGAGAAGCCAAAAAAACAAAAAGAAAUUAACCAUGAAGUCAAAGUCAAUGCUGAAAAUCUUAAAGCAAAGGAGCCAGUGCUGCAGCCCCCUGUGAAUCCUGCCCAGGUGCUUCCAAACAAUGUUCAGCCACAGAAUUUGAAGGAAGUGCAGCCUGUUGACACACGCCAGCACAAGCAAAGCCGGUUCUUUGAUGAAAAUGAGUCCCCUGUAGAUCCACAGCAUGGCUCUAAACUAGCAGAUUAUAAUGGGGAUGAUGGGAACGUGGGGGAAUAUGAGGCGGACAAACAGGCCGAGCUGGCCUACAAUGAGGAAGAGGACGGGGAUGGUGGGGAAGAAGACGUCCAAGAUGAUGACGAGCGAGACCUUCAAGGUGAUAAUGCCCUGGAAUAUGGAAAACGACAUCCAGCAAAGAGUGUCCUGUAAAUGUUGGAAUAAAGAAAUACUUUCAGGAAAAUAAAUCUCCAAGUUUGAUCCUCUGGGAUCCUUUCUGGUGGUGCUCAUCCCCUUUAUUGUUGGAUGAGAGGAGCAAAAAUCAGUUUUAAUGAUUUUUUUUUUUUUUUUUUCUUUUUCUGUUCUUGAGGACUUAAAGUGGUAGCAAAUUUUUAAUUAAGCAUUUGUAAUGUUAUUUCUGCAGGGCCAAGGUGACUAAAGAUUUUCAGCACAAAACACCUCUGAAUCUAAGUUUAAGUCUUUGUUCCUACCGGAUUACUUCGCUGUGUUCAUUUCACUAUUUUGUGAACUCUAAAUUAUAUAACAGCAUAAAACUUAGAAAAGGUGUAUAAACAAAGACGAUUUAGUUCAUAUGAUUCCAUUUUAUUUCUUCCCCAAAUGGUUUUAUAUAGGAAGCAAUUUGCUGCAAACAUGCUGGGAUGGGCUAAAUGACUGUUUUUAAUGGUAAUGUAUGUUUUAUCAGAGAUAGAUACCAUUCAUGUAGAUGACUCUUUACAAGAUAUCACACAGAUAAAAAGCAGAUGUGAACUGAAAAUUCAUACUUUCCAUAUGUGUUGGAAAAGCAAAACACAUACUGCCACAGCUCUUUUUUUAUUUAAUAUGGAAAUAGAAAAAUAAGUAAUUGAACAAGGUGUUCAAUAAGCCAUCUACAGGAUUGCAAUAAACAUGUGCAGUCCUUGCAUUCUCCACGACUUGGCUGCAUAUAGUUGGUACAUUUAAACAAGGAAAGUGUCAAUGCUGGAAUGUUCCUGUAUAAUCUUGUGUAUAUUUUGUAAUUUUGGGUUUAUAAUGAAGGUCUGCUGUCUUCAGAAAUCACUCUUAACAAAAUGAGUAUAAAUACAGUUGAAUUGUAAAUUAUUUCUAAUUGGAACAAACAUAUAUAGUAUAUAUAAAUGUGUAUAGAGAAAGUGUGUUCAAUGAGAUUUUCAGCGCCUUGAUUUAAGUGGAAGGUUUACAUUGUUUCUUGGCUCCUUCAGACACUAAACUGCAACAUAGUCGUUGAUGACCUUAGUUAACAGGUCACCCAUCCCUCUUCUAAUUCUUGUAGUUUCUUCCACUUUUUUUUCUGAAUGCUGUACUAAAGUAAUUCUACAGCCCACUUGCACAGUUGUGGUUCAUGUUCCCAGGACAAGAUGUAAUCUUGUCAAGUGCCGGCACAGUAGACAGAAGAAUUUGUAUCAUAGUCAAUGUAAAAGCUAGUGGCCAUUUCCAGGUUGGUCAUGCUUGCUUGGAAAUGAAGAUACAAUUCCAUGUACUACAUAAGGUUUUGUAACCACAGGGUUUCUUCAGUGAUCUCAUCCCCUAUCAUAUCUUUAGUAUCUGCUCUAUGUGGGCUGGUGUUACGGUCCUGAAUUGAACAGGUAAGCUGUGGAUUGAAAAGAUUUGUGUAUGAUACUAAAGGGAAGCUCUUUUUUUAAACUUUGAAACUGUAUUAUAAUGGUGAGUGUUAAGUGUUUAGGAUGAAGUCAAACUAGCAGGGUGCAAAGCUAGAAAAACAUUGAAGGCUAAAGGAAUUCGAACAUAAUGAAUGUAACUUCAGGUGCUUUGCUAAAAACACAAGAUGUUCAACAAUAAAAGAGUUUUUAAUAUACAA